CCGCCCCCUCGGUGGGCGUCUUCCAGCUCCGCUUAGGUCUAUGGAGGAAAAACUUGGCGCUAGAGCCUCGUUUCUCAUGGCCGCAGUCGCCUGCGGCACCAAGGCCAUGUCCCUCUUCAAACGGACCUUGGUGCUGAGCCCCGCGGCCGCGCCCAGGGGCACAGGUAGUCCCCCGCGCUGCUGGCCCUCCAAAGAGUGGCCACGGGGAGAGGGUGUCUGCGUUCGGCUACUGAGCCAGACAGCUGCCUGCCGCCUGCCCCAGUCCCACUCCUGCUCCUCGAACUCUGCUACCUCCGUGUGUCUCUGCCCGCAGGACUCGCUCAGCAGCAGCUUGAAAACUUGCUACAAGUAUCUGCAUCAGACUAGUCGCAGUUUCUCAGCUGUUAUCCAGGCGCUGGAUGAAGAAAUGCGCCAUGCAGUGUGCAUAUUUUAUCUGAUUCUCCGAGCUCUGGACACUGUGGAAGAUGAUAUGACCAUCAGUAUAGAGAAAAAGAUCCCACUGUUACACAACUUUCACACUUACCUUUAUGAACCUGACUGGCGGUUCAUGGAGAGCAAGGAGAAGGAUCGACAAGUGCUAGAGGACUUCCCAACGAUCUCCCUUGAGUUUCGAAAUCUGUCUGUGAAAUAUCAAACAGUGAUUGCCGACAUUUGCCAGAAAAUGGGACAUGGGAUGGCAGAGUUUUUGGACAAGCACGUGACAUCGGAACAGGAGUGGGACAAGUACUGUCACUAUGUUGCUGGGCUGGUGGGAAUUGGCCUUUCUCGUCUGUUCUCGGCCUCGGAGUUAGAAGACCCUGUAGUCGGUGAAGACACAGCGAGUUCCAACUCUAUGGGCCUGUUUCUGCAGAAAACAAACAUCAUUCGUGAUUAUCUGGAAGAUCAGCAAGAAGGAAGAGAGUUUUGGCCUCAAGAGGUUUGGAGCAAGUACGUUAAGAAGUUGAGUGAUUUUGCUAAGCCAGAGAAUAUCGACUUGGCCGUGCAGUGUCUGAAUGAACUUAUAACCAAUGCACUACACCACAUUCCAGAUGUCAUCACCUACCUUUCCAGACUUAGAAACCAAAGUGUGUUUAACUUCUGCGCUAUUCCCCAGGUAAUGGCCAUUGCCACUCUGGCUGCCUGCUACAAUAAUCAGCAGGUGUUCAAAGGGGUAGUGAAGAUUCGGAAAGGACAAGCAGUGACCUUAAUGAUGGACGCCACCAACAUGCCAGCUGUCAAAGCUAUAAUAUACCAGUAUAUGGAAGAGAUCUAUCAUAGAAUCCCCGACUCAGACGCAUCUUCUAGUAAAACCAGGCAGAUCAUCUCCAGGAUCAGGACACAGAACCUUCCCAGCUGUCAGCUGAUCUCCCGGAGCCACUACUCCCCCAUUUACCUGUCAUUUGUCAUGCUCCUGGCUGCGCUGAGCUGGCAGUAUGUGAGCACCCUGUCCCAGGUCACAGAAGACUAUGUCCAGACCGGAGAACACUGAUUCGUUCCCCCAUGGAAAGGGUUGACCUUUUUUCAAGGACAGAUACUUGCUUCCCCCUUUUUCCCCUCCUGCUUUAAUCCUGUACGAAAUCUGCAGGCUUGGAUCUUGGGAAACUGUGGCAAGCAGCUGAGAAGAAUAAGAGAUUACAUCAUCCUCAGCACCUGGUCUUUGUAGCUUGUUCUCACCCAGGCGUGAUGGCUGGUGGCCAUGCCCUGGGUGCUGCCAGCCCGGGGAAGUGAUUGCACUCGGACUGCCGAAAGAUCUUAGCAUGGGUCCUGGCUAGAAUUAUAAUGGAAUGCAUUUAAUUGGAAGCAACUUUGAACACCCACCCUAGCAGCAAAGUGAAAUGAAUUUUCUUUGUGUGUUUCCUGUUUUUCUCACCGUUUUGCUUUCUUCGGUUGAUUUGAAUGUAAUAGCUGUAGUUUAUAGCGCUAGGUAAUUUUUCUGUUUUCUAAGAAUGCAGACUGUCCUCUGCACAUGAAGGCUAGGAAUUAACUUCUGGGUGUUCUGGUUUAUUUUCUUCUUUAAAGAGAGUUUAACUCUCCAGAAGAAACAGCAGGACUACCUUGGCCCCAUUGUUGAAGACUAGGCUUCCCUUCAGGCUGAUGUGUUUGAGAAGAUUUUUAUAGUAACAAAUGAAUUACUCCGCAUUUGUCAAGGGCAGCUCCCUUGAAAGCCAGGGUGAUCAUGGCAGAGAAGGAACUCAAGAAUGGGGUUAGUGCUUGAGGGGCAGACAGCCAGCUGCUGCCACCACCAAGCCACUCAGAGCAGUGCCGGGAGAGGGGGCACGACUGCCUGCCGGGGAAGGAGUGAGUGGCCGCGUCACCUCCCGCUGCAGCCUGUAGCCUGCACUAACUGUCAGCCUUCUGGACUUCGGACCAGUUCUCUUAGCUCCAUUUAGGGCUUUAGGUUCAGCUUUUGUUUUUAAGUACGUUUAUACACUGGGGUCUCAAGAAAGGGCAAAAGCCGUGUUCAGGUGCUUGAAAGCCGAGCACUACUCGGCCUGAUUCUCCUGGCACUGCGGUUCACCUUCCCCCGGGCCCAGCACGGCCAAGGUUGGUGACGGCCGAGGUUGGUGACGGCCUCGACUCACAGUGACUCGCUGAGAUCUCAGCCUGCACUCGGGGGUCGUGGCCCCUCACUAGGGUGUUUGAAGAGGCCCGCAGCCUGACAGUCAGAGGUGGUAGGGCCUUCGACUGCUUUCUGGAAGCUGUCAGUGCUCGGUGUAUGUAGUCUAGUCUCUUUUGCGGCAGUGAUGUUCAGUGACUUCUUGAAUUUGAGGUUUUCCCAGCAAUAACGUUGGAUUGCAUUGUUACAGACACAUCCACACAGACUUCCCUCCUCUGACAGCCGCUCCCACCUGACGUAGUCUGCUUAGUGUUUCGGUGCAUGGAGGCUUCAGUCAGGCGGUUCAUGUGAGGCUCAGUCCUCAGCACACUGAAGGGACUUGCCACGUACCUACCCUACAGCUCCGAGUCAGACCCAGCAGUAGUCUGCCAAGUCCUUUAAUGCAUCAAAACUUGGUUUGAGACUCUAGGGUAGGGUAAGAAUCUUGAAAUCUAAGACUAGUUCUGCUGAAGUUCAUGGUAGACAGAACCUGGAUCUGAGGUGGACGUACUGGACUCCUCCUGGCUCAGCCAUGGCCUGUGGGACUUGCUGAGCUGCUGUGUGGUUUAGGUGAUCUCAGGUCCCUCCCAGCCGUGAAGCUGUGUGGUGUUGACUGUCUCCCACUGGCGCAAAGGUCUUAGGCCUCAUUCCCUCUCCAGAGUUCUCUGGCAGAUGCUUCCCUUUUAAGUGUUUCUCUACUGAAACUGCCAGAUAAAAUGCAGGUCAAAACUUGGAUUUCAGAUAAACUUUGUUUUUAGGUAUAAAUAUCUAAAAUGCUUCAUGGGACAUAUUUAUGUAAACAUUGUUCAUCUGAAGUUCAAAUUGGGCGUUCCUCAUUGGCAACCCCGCCCUCACUUUAAUGUAGUGCGUCACAGGGCCCGUUCCUGGCGCACAGCCUACCCGAUUCCUCCUCGCGGUAGAACGUUUUACGUUUUCCUCAGGGAAGUAAUAGUUGAGGUUGUCAGUGAGGCAAUAAUCAGUGGCGGUAAUUUGAGGUUUACUGAAGUAUUGAUAUUGCUCCCAGUUAUAAACUUUUUUUACGGAUUUUCGUUUCCUAACAAGACUCUUUAAGCCAAGUGUGGAGAUGACCUGCAAUGUGUAUUGUUGCACCAUUUAUCACAUCUGUGCGGGCUUCCCAGGUGAGGGUGGAGUCGCAGGGGACACGGCAGAGGAAGGGGAAAGUGUGUGGAAGUGGGAUUGUCCAACUCAGUGUGAGAGUGGGUGGGACAUCAACUGCAUAUGCACAUACUCUAAUUGAAAUGUUAAUAAAAUGGUUACACAUUUGUA